AUGGCAGCGGCGCGGGGGCGUGCGCGCAAAGGUGAGCUGCUUUUUGAGUUUACUAAAUGACUGCAGCAAGAAAUACAGCAGCGUUUGCACGGGUUUACUGGUAAUGGGAGACUCUCUGAACGACGCAAUUUUAUUUCCCCUACAAUUCUGGGUUGCACUGAUUACUGAAAUUCCUUGAAAAAACAAGAUAAUAAUAAUACUAAUCAUUAAAACAACAACAACAACAACAACAAAAAAACAGCUUAACUAUGAAAUCGAAAACGAGUCGUGUCUCCUAAGUGGACCGGACAAUGGAAGUGGCUUCCUGCAGCAGUACUGGUUCGCCCUUGGGAAACAAGCACGCAGGAAAUAAGAGAAUCUGUAAAAGCGCGUCGGUCCGCACCGGCCGGGUUCCUGCGAGCGCGCGCGGCUCCGAAGCGACGCAUUGUAUCCCGGAACGCGUGUCAAUGGAUGCGUGAAGAAAUUUAACAAAAAAAAAAAAAAAAACACUCACGUAUUAAUUUAUUCCAUAUAAGUUCUAUUGGAAUCGCGCCGUGCUGAGGAGGUUGAGAGUUGAAAUUCGGACGUUGCAACUCGGCGUGCACGUGUGAAGCACAGAUGCAUUGACGGAGCGAGAAUAUUUGGCGCGCCGUUAUGGAUUGCCCGGAGUGAACGUCUGAAUUGAACUGGAUCGCAUCCCCGAUCCGGAGAGCUGCUUCUGAACACGCGAACUGAAGCCUCGCUGGGUGCCAGCCGACAUCCGGUGUCAGGAUCAUGAUCACCUCGUUUCUAUGGUCUUAAAAACAUCCCCUGCCUUACCUUUGGAUCUGGUACCCUAACAGCGAGCAGACACAAUAGCAAUCAAUCAUCAGCGCAAUUCAGAAAUCGUGCAAAGGAAGACCUCAAAGCUGCCACAAUGUGUAGAUUAAGCGCACUCGGAAUUUAUUUGUGGGAAACCGUAGUGUUUUUCAGCUUGGCAGCAUCCCAGCAAGCUGCAGCACGGAAAGCUGCCUCCCCUAUGCCCCCUUCAGAAUUCUUGGACAAACUUGUGGGGAAAGUAUCUGGGUACGACGCAAGAAUCAGACCUAAUUUUAAAGACCCACAUGGCCCCAAAUCGGAUGGUACUCACAAGAAAGGUCCACCUGUGAAUGUAACAUGCAACAUUUUUAUUAACAGUUUUGGAUCCAUUGCUGAAACAACAAUGGAUUACAGGGUGAAUAUUUUCCUGAGACAGCAGUGGAAUGACCCCCGACUGGCUUACAGUGAAUACCCUGAUGACUCCCUCGACCUCGACCCCUCCAUGUUAGACUCAAUUUGGAAGCCAGAUUUGUUCUUUGCCAAUGAAAAGGGUGCCAAUUUCCACGAGGUUACCACUGACAACAAGCUGCUGAGGAUCUCUAAAAAUGGGAACGUGUUGUAUAGCAUAAGGAUAACACUAAUUCUGGCCUGUCCCAUGGACCUGAAGAAUUUCCCGAUGGACGUGCAGACUUGUAUAAUGCAGUUGGAGAGCUUUGGCUACACUAUGAAUGAUCUGAUAUUUGAGUGGGACGAAAAAGGUGCUGUGCAAGUGGCUGAUGGACUGACGUUACCCCAGUUUAUCCUGAAGGAGGAGAAAGAUUUACGCUACUGCACCAAACACUACAACACAGGGAAGUUCACAUGCAUCGAGGCCCGCUUCCAUCUGGAGAGGCAGAUGGGUUACUACCUGAUUCAGAUGUACAUCCCCAGUCUGCUAAUCGUCAUCCUGUCCUGGGUGUCCUUCUGGAUCAACAUGGAUGCUGCUCCUGCUCGUGUGGGCCUGGGCAUUACCACUGUGCUCACCAUGACAACACAGAGCUCGGGCUCCAGAGCCUCUCUGCCAAAGGUCUCCUAUGUGAAGGCCAUUGACAUCUGGAUGGCUGUGUGCCUGCUGUUUGUCUUCUCAGCUCUGCUGGAGUAUGCUGCUGUCAACUUCAUCGCUCGCCAGCACAAAGAGCUGCUGCGCUUCCACAGGAGGAGACGACACCUAAAGGAGGAGGAUGCAGGUGAAGGGCGCUUCAGCUUUGCCGCCUAUGGCAUGGGCCCUGCGUGUCUGCAGGCCAAAGACGGCAUGGCCAUCAAGGGCAACAACAAUGCGCCUGCCUCCAGCAUGCCACCUGAGAAGAGUGUAGAGGAGAUGCGCAAGCUCUUCAUCAGCCGCGCCAAGCGCAUUGACACGGUGUCACGGGUCGCCUUCCCACUCGUCUUCCUCAUUUUUAACAUUUUCUACUGGAUCAUUUACAAGAUCAUCCGCAGCGAGGAUAUUCACAAGCAGUAAAUAUUCCUGAGAAAAGGGUGAGAUCCAAGCUAAAAAAGCUGCCGCUGUCGCACCCACCGACCCCCACUUCCCCUGUGCCCACUUCCUCUCCUCAGCACUCACUCGCUUUCAGUGCCGAGUCCUUAGCAGAGGUAUUUCUCCAUAUUCCUUUUCUUUCUUCUGUCCUUUCCCUCACUGUUCUCCUGAAUAAUCUGGACCUGUGCAAUAGCAAUGCAGUAAAAUGCAUGAUAUAUGAAUGUGGCAAUAUAUUUACUAAAAAAAUAAAAUCUAAAUAAAAAUGGCAACAUAAAUAUUAGACUUUUACAGAUACAUCAGAGAACCUCUGAGCAAACUGAAAUUCAAGGGGAUGUUGCUCUUGGGAGAAAUUGUUUUUUUUUUUUUUUUUUUUUUUUUUGAAGACAUGCUGCAUUAUGGGAAUAUGAAGGAGAUUACAUGCAGCACUGUAAUAUAUCAAGUAUUUAAAACAAAACUCAAAUUAUUUCAAGAGAGAUAACUGGAAAAAUUGAAAGGUUUUAAAGAACGUCAUGUGGUUUGGUGCUUCCAUAAAUAAGUAAUGCAAGAGUCACUGGAAUAUAUCUAUAUCUAGAUUUGCUUCAAUAUAUGUAUUGCAAGCACUUGUCAAUGCCCAGAAAAACAGGAUGUCAUGAUGACAAAGUCCUGUCAUGAUGUCACAUCAACAGUGGAAGCUUGACGAGUGACCGUCAAAAAAUAUAUUGUUUAUAUAUACCAGCUGUGGUCAGUGUGAAUUUUUUGUCCAAAUUAUGUCAUUUACUUAUGUGCCAAGUGAACAGCAUGUUGCUGUACCAUGUUUCCUCAGCUUUUGUGGUCAACGAGAAAAAAAAAAGAAACUUUGGGCUAUAACCCUUUGUUGCUUUAUUUAUUCAGACAACGGACAUAUUUACAAGCUAUGUAUUAUGACAUGACUGAAACAAGAGGAAAACAUAUGAGAAGUAUUUUUGUCUCUCAGCUACAUCGAUUUGCAUUUUCACAGCAUAGACAUCAUGGGAAAAAAAAGUUAUAAUUUUCUUCCCCUUAACAGCAUCAUGUUGUUUUCUGCAUUGACAUCGGCUCCAGCAGAAAGUGUUAUUUUUAUAAGCAGCCAGUGCUGCCAUACACUUAAAUAUAUAUUUAACAACCAAAUGUGUAUUACUGUGACUUUUAACUCUAAAUCAAAGUAUGUAUCGUGCAGCAGAGUAAAUAAUUUGCAAUGUGUUUAAAUAUUGAUUUUGGUUACAACAUGCUUCCAUGGACUACAUCCUCAUCUGGCUUCUCUAUGCAAUAAGAAUAUAUGCAAUUAUUUUAGUUUUUUUUUUUAUUUCCUCAAGUGGCCUAGGGUCGCAUUACCAAAAUUAUAUGUAUGUUGUCUUUUAUUUAUUUAUUUAUUCAUUCAUUCAUUUAUUCAUUCAUUCAUUCAAGAAGCACCCAGUACACUAUGCGUGACAAGGCUACCUUCUUUACAUUAUGCACAUUGUUUGUUGUUGGGGUUUGUUUUUUCCAUUUUCCCACUUUGCUAAUGUUUUAUUUUCUUGACAGAAAUGAAAGUACAUUUUCCCCAUGCAAGGUCCUGGAGGCAGUGUGAAUUAUGAUUCAUUACCGUUCAUGACAUUGGUGCAGUGUUUUCGCUCCAUUCUACAUUCUGUUUAUCCACUUGAUUUGUUUUCUUGGCCAAAGAGUAAUCUCCUUAAAGCGUUGCCACUGCCAUUCAGCUGUGCAAGCGAGUACCUGAUAUAAAGCGUCUAUCUGUUUAUGAGAAAUAUGCAUACUAACUUUCUCAUUGGACAGUAGGUUGUUUAUCCCUUAACUUGGUUAGAUCUGACAACAACAACAAAAAAUCACAACAUUGCAUUAUAUCAUUUUUGAGUUUUUGUAGCAUUGCCUGGGGAAACAUGGUCAAAUUAAUAAGAGAUGUAAUUACUGCAUAAGGUUAAUUAUUUAUUCAUUUAUUAAGUAUAUUUCAAAUGUCGCAUUAGAUAUUGCAUUAGAGUGGGACUGGCAUGGUGUGUCAGACUGCAAUCAUCGCAGAACUACCCGGUUUAACACCCUUCUCGCUCCAGGACAGAUGAUUCAGCUUGUGCAAGGAAUGAAAAUUGUGUGCUGCACUGAAUCAUGACAGGGGAAAUGGGAAAAAUACUAAACCGUGUUGUUCUGUGCGCCUCCACCGAGCCACUCUCUCAUGUUAAAUUCAUAGGAAUUCUCACAUUUAUUUAUUUAGAGUUUUUUUAUGUAUGAAAGUCCUGCUGAAAGUUACAAGUACUAACCUCUCUCUUUAUGUACCUUAACCGUUCAGAACAUGAUUUGACUUGAGCGAAUUCUGACACAGUUUUAAUCAAUAACAGCUGCCAUUGUAUUCAGUCAGUUCCAGAAUUUGUAGCAAUUCAGUUAUUAAACUGAUCAGUGAUUCCUUCUCACUAUCAUUAGAUGUGUAGAUUUUCUUUUUGAUAUGUAGCAUUUAAUUUAAGAAUCAUUUCCUUUCUUCAUGCUGACAUGCAUUGAGAUGUUCCACUCAUAUAGUAGUAUGUUGUACAAUUUACAUUUUGGCUUUAUACAUUUCUGUCAGCUGUGAAAUUAAAUUUGAAAUCGAACAUCUUCAACAAUGAUUUAACACUUGUCAGCAUUUGUAUAACUGAUGCUUAGCUAAAUGUUGCUGUUUCCCCAAAUGCCCUUGAUGAUAAACGAUGCUUCAAGCCACUUAUCGUACUCACACUGCUGUUUUGUCCUGUGUGUCUAAGACUGCAUUCACAUUCGGAUCCUGCUAGCUAUGGUACUAGAGACUGGAAGUUCAUAGAGGACUAAUAGUGACUUGGAAAUGAGGACAGUGCAAUUUGAAACAUUUGCUAUGUGCAACCAAGCCUUUAUGAGGCCAAACUCUCAUGCAAAUAUCAAUUAGAACUUUGCAUUGGUUCUUUAAAUGGUCAGUUUAUGAGGCAUGAUAUGAUUUGUUUAAUGAUUUCUUAUUUUCUAUUGAUACCUUUUUAUUACUAACUGUUGAAGGUCGAGCAGUGAGAGUGACUUUAGGCAUGAUUGUUUUUUGUGGCACAAAGCCUUGGAGAAGGUUUGGGGGGGGUUCAUUUUUUGCAUAAGCUUGUAUGGCCUUAAUCAAUAUUUUCAUUUCUUGUUUUACUUGCGUAUAUCAUGUAUUGGCACAAAGUGCACCUCUUCAUUUGCUAAUUAUCAUAAUUAAAGUGUGCAAUUCCCUUUUAUGCAGUAAAGAAAAUAGCAAAUGUGUUCUUUUUUAUUUCUAAAUCUGAAGCAUAGAAUAUUUUGCAUGAACAUAAAUAAUGGCAGAUAUUUUUGGCUUGUACAGAAAUGUGAGCAAUUUGAAGAAAAAAAAGGAAUGUACCAUUUCUGCUGUAUCUGUAUAUAAUUAAAUAUUUAUUGAAAUAUGUCAUUAUGCUGAAGCUAAUUCUACUAUUAAAGGUUUUCUG